AUGCGCUCUCGUCUCAAUGCUGCCGCGCAGCAAUUGACACCGCUCCAGUCCCUGAUAGCCCGAAGAUGGCGGCCACAAUGGGCUUGUCAGCACCAUCUGGCUUCACAACAGCCAUGGAUCCGCAACCUCGCGACCUCGAGCUCGAUCGGCAAGCAGGAUGAAAAACCAUACUAUGUCACCACGCCGAUAUUCUACGUCAAUGCCGCUCCUCAUGUCGGACACAUGUACACCAUGAUACUAGCGGACGUUCUAAAGAGAUGGCAAGUGUUGAAAGGCAGGAAAGCUAUCCUGCUGACGGGGACGGACGAGCAUGGCAUGAAGCUUCAGCGCGCAGCACAGAAAGCUGGCAUGGAGCCUCAAGAGUUCGUGGAUAAGGGAGCUGAAGUGUUCAAAACUCUUGCUGGGCAGGUGGGCAUCAGCAAUGACAUUUUCAUCAGGACUACGGACAAGGAGCACAAGGAGGGCGUGGAGUAUGCUUGGCAGAUGCUGGAGGAACGAGGGCAUGUGUACGAGAGCAGGCACGAAGGCUGGUAUAGUGUGUCUGAUGAGACAUUCUAUCCUGCUAGUCAGGUACAUCUCAUUGUGGAGCCAGAGACAGGGAGGAAGAUUAUGGCAAGCAUUGAGACUGGGAAAGAGGUCGAAUGGACAAGUGAAGCAAACUACCAUUUUCGAUUGGGUGAUUUUCGUGAGAAGCUGUUGCGCUUCUACGAAGAGAACCCGGACUACAUUGUGCCGAAGUCUAGGAUGGACGACGUUGUGCAUCAGGUCAAAGCUGGACUUGAAGAUCUCUCUAUCUCACGCCCUGCAGAGAGGCUGACGUGGGGUGUGAGAGUGCCUACAGACGAGUCGCAGACGAUCUACGUGUGGCUCGAUGCUUUACUCAAUUACGCGACAGCGGUGGGCUACCCAUUCACACCCGGCAAAGAACCUGCUACUGGCUUUCCGCCGGACGUGCAGGUCGUGGGCAAGGACAUUGUACGGUUCCACUGCAUAUAUUGGCCUGCCUUCCUCAUGGCGCUAGAUCUACCAAUUCACAAACAAGUCCUUACGCAUGCACACUGGACCCUUGGCAAGAAGAAGAUGGCCAAGAGCAGCGGUAAUGGAGUCAAUCCCUUCUUUGCUCUUGAACGCUUCGGCAUCGAUCCAUUGCGCUGGUACCUCAUCCACGAAGGCGGCAUAGCAGACGAUGCGGAUUAUGACAAUGCCUUCAUUAUCGAAAAGUACAAGAAGGGACUUCAAGGCGGACUUGGAAAUCUCCUGGCGCGGAUCAUGCGAGGUAAAGGAUGGGAUGUCGAACGCGCAGUCAAGCGCUUUGCACACCCGGAGGCGUCCACCGAGCCUCUCCUGUUGAAAGAGGGUGAUACUUCCACAGCCAAAUUUUACACCAAGUUACAGGCUGUGCCAUCACGAGUCGACGAGUCCAUGGUUCGCCUCUUGCCAAACAAGGCCUUACAGGAGAUCAUGAGACUCGUCUACGACACAAACAAUGUGCUGCAGCACCAAUCGCCUUGGACCCGCGUCACCCAGCUCCGCUCAGCAAUGGCCGACACCACAGGCCAAGAGCUCGAUGAUCUUCGACAAGCGGGCACAUCCAUCGAAGAGCUAGAAGCAGACAUCGACAGGAGCAUCUACUUGGCCGCCGAGGCUCUGCGGCUCGUCGGCAUCAUGCUUCAACCCUUCAUGCCCACAGCCUCAAAACGUCAACUCGACAUGCUAGGCGUGGCAGAAGAUCGGAGAAGCUGGGAAUGGUGUCAAGUCGGAAAAGACGACAACUUCGGUGUCCCAUUUCAUCAAAUCGGCAAAGGCGAGAAGGGACUUUUGUUCCCGCCACUGACCAGCGAUUUCUAGCUGUCCGCAUCAACGCAAAGACGAAGGCAAGAACCUGUAGCAUAGCCCUGCACCAAAGAAAUCCUCUCAGGUACAGAUAACACAGUAACAGUACUUUGUACACGCGACACCAA